CGGACUGCUGCCGGAAGUGACGCGUUCACCUGCCGAGCUGGGGCGGGGCGCAGAGGUGCCUUCGCUGCUGCCACCGCCGGGAGCUAGUCGGGAGUGUACCAGGCUCUGGAAAACCCAGGUCCCCAGCUAAGAGCGUUCACCUGCAAGCUACGACCCGGCAGCCACCAUGGCGCUGCUACUGUGCUUCGUGCUCCUGUGCGGGGUUGCGGAUGUCACCAGAGGUUUGAGCAUCACUACUCCUGAACAGAGUAUCGAGAAAGCUAAAGGGGAAACUGCUUAUCUACCGUGCAAGUUUACACUGAGUCCCGGAGACGAUGGGCCACUAGACAUCGAGUGGCUGCUAUCCCCCUCGGAUAACCAGAAGGUGGAUCAAGUGAUUAUUUUGUAUUCUGGAGACAAAAUUUAUGACAACUACUAUCCAGAUCUGAAAGGGCGAGUACAUUUUACGAGCAGUGAUGUCCAGUCUGGUGACGCGUCUAUAAAUGUAACGAAUCUGCAGUUGUCGGAUAUUGGCACCUACCAGUGCAAAGUGAAGAAAGCUCCUGGGGUGGCAAAUAAGAAAGUCCUGCUGACAGUUCUUGUUAAGCCUUCAGGUACAAGAUGUUUUGUUGAUGGAUCAGAAGAGAUUGGAAAUGACUUCAAACUAAAAUGUGAACCAAAAGAAGGUUCCCUUCCACUGCGGUAUGAAUGGCAAAAAUUGUCAGACUCCCAGAAAAUGCCCACUCCGUGGUUAGCAGAAAUGACUUCACCUGUUAUAUCUGUGAAAAAUGCCAGUUCUGAGUAUUCUGGGACAUACAGUUGCACAGUCCAAAACAGAGUGGGCUCUGACCAGUGUAUGCUACGUCUGGACGUUGUCCCUCCUUCGAAUCGAGCUGGCACAAUUGCAGGAGCUAUCAUAGGAACGCUGCUUGCUCUUGUGUUCAUCGGGGCCAUCCUCUUUUGCUGUCAUAGGAAACGCAGAGAAGAGAAGUAUGAAAAGGAAGUUCAUCAUGAUAUCAGGGAAGAUGUGCCGCCUCCGAAGAGUCGGACAUCCACUGCCAGGAGCUACAUUGGUAGCAACCACUCGUCCCUGGGAUCCAUGUCCCCUUCCAACAUGGAAGGCUAUUCCAAGACUCAGUAUAACCAAGUCCCCAGUGAAGACUUUGAACGCGCUCCUCAGAGUCCAGCUCUGGCACCUGCUAAGGUAGCUGCCCCUAAUCUUAGUCGAAUGGGAGCGGUUCCUGUGAUGAUUCCAGCACAAAGCAAGGAUGGGUCUAUAGUCUAGAACUCUAUAUCUCCCUUUGCUGUUUUCCAUGGUUCAUUUCUUUUCUUUAUUAUAACAAAACCUAUUCUAGUCUACAUUUUAACAGCAGCCCCAAUACACACACACACACACACACACACACACACACACACACACACACACACAAAGACGUUAAUAAGAAACUAAGAAACAUGCUCCACAGAUUUCUUGAUUAUAGUGAAACACUAAAGACUUAAUAGUAAUGGCAUUGACCAUCUGGAGAAGAUGAGUUUUCUUAACAGGUUGAUUUCAAUGGGCAUCUGAUGCUAAAAAAGAUAUGGCACUUUGAAUAUGAUGUCAUAAGUGAAGAAAUUUGUGAAUUUAUAUGUAUACCAAAUUGAUACUUGAAUCAUCUGAAAAUGGUACUUUGCGGUUUCUAACAUUAUUUUUAGGUUGUCUGUCUUAUUUAGUUAUGAACAAUAGUAUCCCCUAAAUUUAAGAAACAUCCACGGAAAAAUGACUUAAUGUUUGAAUUUGUUUGUAUAAUCUCUCUGAGAAUUCUAAGUGUAUUUGGGAUAUCUCUAAGAGUAGGAGACACUACAGUGUUUUAGAAAUGACUAGUUUCAUUUCUAAGUCAUUCAUAAACAAGAUGAAAUGAUUUCUUUCUUCUUUUUGUGUUUUCUUUUGAGAUAGUGUCUUA